AUGGGACCUGAUUAUCCUACUGGUAUCGCUGAGUAUUUUGAUGAAGCCGUACGAGGGCAUGCUCCACUCAGGACUCUCCAGGAUCCAGCUUCAAGCUCAUCGUUCCAAUCAGAUCGACUAAGCUGGCGUGAAUAUUUGGGUCAGGUCAAACACUUGUCUGAUAUCGAGGCAUUGCGAGAGCAUGAUAGUGGUUGGUUGCGUCUCAUGAACCGUGCCUUCACGUCUCAGCUGAACUCGAUAACAGCUUCGACGUUCCCAUCGUUCAGUGCCGGCAAACGCCAUCGGCGAGCUAGGCCAUCUGGUAAACGCUAUGCUGGUAAGAGGCGUCCAAAGCGUAAGGCCAACCAAAAUGAUGCAGCUCCCGAUGUCGAUUAA